AAGUGACCAACGUCGCGGACAUGUCUGACCGCACAAUUGACAUCUGGAACCUAAAGCUUCCCAACAUUUCUAUCCACACAAGUGACACAUAUAUUCACCUAUAUUUCUCUAAGCCAUAUCUAAAAUACGUGUAAAUUUGAGAAAUGUCAGCAACGGUUGUUGCCGCCGGCACCUCUUCCGCCGCAUUCUCCAGAGGCACAUCAGUCAGCAAGCCCGCUUCCUACAUUGCUCACUGCCAGAAAACUAGUUUCCAAGGGCUAUCAUUUCAAGAUUACAAAAGGGAUAUCUCGAAUUUGGUCUUGGUUGGUCCUGGUAGUUUGAGCUUAUCAAGAAGAAGAAAAGCAAGAGGCUUUGAGAUUAACGCAAGAACUGCUGCCAAGAACAUUGAGGUUGAAGUUGAUAAGCCUUUGGGACUCACUCUUGGUCAAAAAUCUGGCGGUGGAGUUGUCAUCACUGCGGUAGAAAAUGGUGGAAAUGCUGCCAAAGCAGGGCUUAAAGCUGGUGACCAGGUGGUCUACACCAGCAGCUUUUUUGGGGAUGAACUUUGGCCUGCGGACAAGCUCGGGUUUACAAAGACAGCAAUCCAGGCCAAUCCCAAUUCUGUAUACUUCGUCGUUAGCAGGGGAGCUGAAGUAGAUGUUAAGAGAUUGAAUAAGCGACCGGCCCCUCCUCGCUUUGGAAGGAAGUUGACUGAAGCUCAAAAGGCGCGAGCAACACAUAUAUGCCUUGAUUGCGGAUACAUCUACACAAUGCAAAAGCCUUUCGAAGAGCAGCCGGAGGGCUACACAUGUCCUCAGUGCAGAGCGCCUAAGAAGAGGUUUGUAAGAUAUGACGUGAACACCGGAAAACCCAUCGGUGUGGGGCUGCCUCCGAUCGGAGUCAUCAUCGGGCUUUUAGCUGGGCUCGGUGGAAUCGGAGCUUUACUAGUGUAUGGACUUCAAUGAAAGCUAAAAAAAUUGAAAACAAACCCCAAGUACAAAAAUCACCUCAUCUUCUCUCAAUUGUAUGUUCUUAUUAGAUAUGCAUGCUGCAAAGGGCCAGUUCCUAUUUCCUAACUGAGUUUGAAAUGGUUUAGGUUGGAACUGGAAAUCAGAAAUACAAAUAUCUGAAGGGAUGUUAUCUUACUAAGAUGUAUAUCGUACAAACGUGCAAAGUAACUUUAUUUCAAUGUAAUUGAAAUAUGUUGGGUAAAAUUAAUUACUACUUCGUCUCACAAUAUUUGGGAUUUUGGAAAUAAGAAAAUGAAUGCAUAUCAAACAAAUUGUAAUUAUGUGGUUGAUAAUAAAUUUCGUAAAUUAUGAAUAAGCUUGGAAUGUGCAAG